AUGUCAGCAAGUAAACCAUCGGCUAUGGAUUACAUGCCAGAGGCCGGUGAAGCCGCACUGAAGCUUAAUGAUGGAAACUACAUGCCAAUGCUGGGAUAUGGUUUAGGCACUGUGUUACACAAAAGAUCUCGAGACGAGAAGAACGAAGUAAUUGUCACAACGACAAAGCUCGCAAUUGAGCAUGGAAUUCGCCAUCUCGAUGGUGCCGAACUAUACAAUAAUGAGAAAGAACUCGGCGAUGCCGUGCGAGCUUCUCUGGUCCCUCGAUCAGACCUUUUCAUAGUUACCAAGCUAUGCGGGACUGAGAAAAGAGACGUCAAGGCUGAGUUCGAAAGCUCUCUUAGUAGGCUAGGUCUUGAUUACGUGGACCUCUACCUGGUGCAUGCGCCUUACAUGGCAGACAACGCAAAGGAUCUGCAGCACGUCUGGUCUCAAAUGGAGAGUAUAAAGAUAACCGGGAAGGCCAAGUCAAUCGGUGUAUCGAACUUUCUGCAAGAGCACAUCGAGAUCAUCUUAGAGACGGCCAAGAUCCCCCCUGCUGUCAACUCGAUCGAGUACCAUCCCUACCUUCAGCGCGGUUCUCUGAUUAAUUUCCUAAAGUCGCAGAAUAUCGCCGUCUCAGCAUAUUCUACCCUCACGGCGCUGACCGCAGAAGCCCCGGGCCCAGUCAACGAGCUCUACACCCAAUUGGCUCGAAAAUACGACGUGUCAGAGACAGAUAUAGCUUUGAGAUGGUGUCUGGAUCAGGGGAUAGCAGCUAUCACUACCACUCGCAAGAGUACCAGGUUGAAGGCCUUAUGCGAGAAACUGCCCACGUUCAAACUUACUAAACAAGAGAUCGACAGCAUCUCGAUUGCGGGCCAGUCAAAGCACUACAGGAAAUUUCUAACUGACCGGUUUCUGCCCGAAGACCGGCGAUAA